CUUUAGUACUGACAGUCCCAGCUGGAACAGCCGAUCUCGGCUCCGCGCUCACCAGCAUGGCGAACAUGGCGCUGGUCGGCCUCUGCGGGAGCUUCAAGCGCCACAUGGAGCGCCAGGAGGGCCGCCAGCUGGCGCAGCUGUUGGACCUGGUGCGGGACCGCCUUCCGCUGCGCGAGAUCGGGCGCUGCGACCACCUCCAGGACCUGGCGCGGAAGCACGGGGGCGAAAGCCACGAGGUGCUUUCGCUGUACCUGGCGAGUCUCCAGGCCCAUGUCCGCAGUGAAACUAUGCGGCAUCUCGAGCUGGUGUGCACUUGCCUGAAGACCUGGGUUCAGCGCUAUGUCGAAGCAGAGGGAAGUGGCCUCUGGAUGACGCCGUGGAUGCUGCAGCUCACCGCGCUGGCAAGGCGCACGGCCACGCAGAUGGACCAGGCCAAGCGGUCGGAGAGGGCCGAGCGGCCGGACCAAGAGAACGACGCGUAUCUCAAGAAGCUGGUAGCGCUGUACCGGGACUUCCUGAAGGUCCUGAACAAGGAACGAACCAAGAGAGCGGGCCACGUGUGGAUUUGCUCCGAGCUGCUGAGGGCGUACUUCAAGCUGGGGCAAGUCUCGCAGUGCUCCUUCUUGCUUUCCACGGUGACGCAGUCGAUGCAGAAGGAUGGGUUCAGCCCGACCGACCUGCCAAAGGCCAUCUGCGUGACCUUCUACUUUUUCUGGGGCAAGUACCUGGUCUUCGACCACAACCUGCAGGGCGCAGACGAGAAGCUGACCUGGGCCUUCAACAACUGCCCGGAGAAGGCGCUGGCCAACCGUCGCCGCAUCCUGCUGUACUUGGUGCCCUGCAAGCUCCGGCUGGGCGUGCUUCCAACGCAGGAGCUGCUGCACAAGUACGACUUGGACAUCUUUGUGGAUGUGGUGAGGGCCAUUAAGGAGGGCAAUGUGCAGCUCUUCAAUCAGAAGAUGCAAGAGCUGGCAGCGGACCUCAUCAAGAUGGGCACUUACUUGCUCAUGAUGAGGCUCAAGUUUAUGGUCUUGCGCAACCUCACCAAGGGCAUUUUCUUGGACGUGCGGGGCAGGUUGGCGGCGCCUUCGGUGCAGUUGGACUUCACCCCGUUCGAGCACGUCUUUGGGUGGCAGGAUGGCUGCGAUGCGGAUGAAACCGCCGCCUCCCUGGCCACGUUGAUUUACAGUGGCGCCAUGAAGGGGUACUUGAGCCACGACCGGCGAAAGGUCGUCUUCGCAAAGGACACGCCGUUCCCUCCGCCUUCGAAGUGGCGAGUCUGAGCCAAUGCAACGCAUCACAGGCCGAAGAGAGAGACGGGUCCAAGUUGGGACGGGCCAUGGGUCAGUUGGU